CGAAGGAAUUCAGUUGUAAACAUGGAGGAGAGAGAAGCACUGAAGAGGCAAAUUGAACUUCUACAAAAUCUCAUCAAUACACAUAAGAGUGUCCAUGGCGACACCCCAUUUGCAAGAGAUGAGCAAAUGCAUUCAGAAGCUCCAACAUCAGCCAGAGGAAGAGAUCACAGCACAUCUGUCAUCAAUCCUGACGGCUCCAGAGGGAGAGUGUAUGCUCCUCAGAGCCAUGGAGGUUGGAGGAAAACAUACUCGCUGAGCAACAAGAACCCCCAGUCCUCUGUUGGACACCCCUCAGCUUCUACCUCCUCUUCUGUUCGUCAGUCCAGUUUCCACAGUAUAUCUCACAGCACCUUACUGCCCAGCCACAGCAGAGGAGAAGAGAGUGACAGAAUCACAACUGCCACUUUGUCAUCAGGGAUCCCUCAACAGAAGAGAAAGGUGCUCAUAAACAGUAUCACAGGAGGAGUUGCAACAGAAAAACCCCCCACAGAAACUCUUUGUAAAACAGGAGUAGCUCUGUGUCAGCAUGAAGAUAAAAAAGAGUAUUUCGGCUCAACAGGCACUAGUGUGCAACAUGAAACGCUUCGCAGGCAAACUCGAGAACUUCAGCAGAGGAAUGAAAGCAGGCAUGUCGUCGUGCCAGAAAAGAAGGUCGGUGGUUCUUCAGAAGUGCCAUCUCCAGUUAUGGCCAACACCUCGACCGGUUUGCAGAGCAUCCCUCAAGCAAAGAUCAAACCUUCCCUGAUGAGCAAAACCAGCACUGAGACCAAACCAACUAUUACUACGACAACUCCAGCGACUCUCACAACUGCUAAUACCAUAGCACCUCUCUCUGCUCUGUCUAAAGUAGCCAAACAACCUUCCGUAAACCCCACAUCUCACACCAGCCAGAGCCAAGUCGGUGCAUCUUUUUUGAAAAAAUCCAAGUUCACUUGGAUAAAGAGCCAGAAGGUGGGAGGAGUGGAGCCGAAACAAGCUAGCUCCAUCCCCUCACCCAAAGGCAAAGCUGUUGCCCCAACGUCAGUCUCAAAAGCUGGAGUUGCCAGUGGAAGCUCCCCCUCAUUCGCACUCGGUAAGAAAACGCCUGCCAAGAAGUUACCUCGAAAGCUGAGCUCAGUCAAUGUCGCCCCCAAGACCUCUAAGUACAAAUGGGUGUCCUCCUCUGCUGGAGCACAAGCUAAAAUCACUCGAAAGUCACUAUCGCCCAAAGCCCUGUUUCUCUCCCAGAGAGCUCUGGAGAAGGGAGAGGCUACCAAGAAACUCAGAGCAGCCGCCACUCCCUCUUCUAAGAUAAAAAAGGGAAUUGCCGGUUCCUCUCCCAACUCCUCGCUGAGUAGCCGUUACCGAUGGAAGGCUGGAGGCUGGAGUACCUCUGCGGCAGUGACGGGAGGGGCAACAGCGGCCCACCGUAGAUCUGUCUUCUACUGGACGUCAGAAAAAAGCAACAAAGGAGUGAAAGGAGCGCUUGUUGUUUCCCCGUCUGUAGCCCAACGAACCUCCCUCAUGCCAUCCUCCUCCCCUGGUGGGUUCAAGCUACGCAGCAGGAUGAAAAUCAUUAGGAAGUCUCCCUCUAGUGGAGGUGGUCCAGAGAAGGGGACCAGCCCAUCCGCAGUGAAGUACUCCCCACGGGGUCGGAUGCACAGCUACACCAGGAGUCCCGUUGGAGUUAGGAGGACGCCCUCCAGGGAGCUUGUGUCUUUUGGCCGACACAAGUUGAGGCGGCUCUCCCCCACCUUAUCAAGGACGGGUCCCGCCUCCUCCUCCCACCGUAGUCCCGCCUCUCCGCGGGUGUUCAGGACACGCUACAAGAUGGUGACCCGGCCGGGCUCCAGCACCGCACACAACCUCCACUACAACCCUGCCCUCUCUUGGAGGGCCAAGAGGAUCCAGUCUGCCAGGAGUUUCCUUCAGAGUCGUAUGCGAGCUCCCCACGACAGACACCCGUCAUCCAGCCAGCACUGGAGAGGAAGCAGCAUGUGCUGGAUUCGUGGUUCCCUGUAUCGGGUGUCAGCCAAUAAGCUGUCCCGCACCGUGGCUUCCAACAUGUCAAUCAACCGAACAGUAAGGUCUUUCAGCACCGCUCAGGUCUCAUCCACAAGUCCUACCUUCAACAGACCCUACAAUUCUCGCCACUUAGCCAGCCGUGCAGUCCAGCGGAGCCUCGCCAUAAUCCGAAACGCUCGCCAGAAGAAGCAGCAGAAGCAGUACUGCAUGUACUACAACCGCUUUGGCAAGUGUAACCGUGGAAACAGCUGUCCCUACAUCCAUGACCCAGACAAGGUUGCCGUCUGUACCAGGUUUCUACGAGGGACGUGCAAACAGGCAGACGGGACCUGCCCAUUCUCCCAUAAGGUGGCUAAGGAGAAGAUGCCGGUGUGUUCCUACUUCCUGAAGGGAAUCUGUAACAACAGCGACUGUCCCUACAGUCAUGUCUACGUGUCCCGCAAAGCUGAAGUGUGUGAGGACUUUGUCAGAGGCUACUGUCCUGAAGGAGAGAAGUGUAAGAAGAAACACACUCUGGUGUGUCCAGACUUCUCUAAGACGGGAUCCUGCCCUCGAGGCGCCCGCUGCAAGCUGCAGCACCGCCAACAAGCCAAACGAAGCGCCAGCAACGCCUCCAGCACCGCAGCCAAGAGAGCCCGAAGCAAGGAGCCCUCGAAGAGGCCCCGCCUGUCUGUCGUCAUGCCGCAGGGCUCUCAGGCAGCUCCAGGGACGCCCACCAAAGGUCCUCUGGCACUGCCGUCCUUCAUCUCCCUCUCCAGCUCCCCAGAGGAGGCAGACGCACCGGACACGCGGCCUGCUGAGACCUCACAGGUUAAAGAAAAAAAGCUGCAGAUCAAGCCUCGGCUGUGAGACUACAGAGACCAGCAGCACCGGGGGUGAAAGACACUCAGCGAUGAUUUCUGUGCUCCAGGUUUGUCUGGAUCUGUGUCUCCUCCCUCUGAAUUUCUUCACUCAGGGCCUGAAAGUUUUUAUUUUCUAUAUCUAUAUUAUAUACAUCUGUUUUACAUAUCGAUCCGGGUGUUUUGCAGUACAGAUUUUAUUCAUCAGGUUUUGUACAUUUUAAAAGAAGACAAAUAAAAGAUCAACUUUUAACCGCG